GGUGAACUGAACUCUCCGGAAAACGUGUUUAUUUAUCACCAAAACGGAAAAAAAGUUUGCUUAAUCUGCUCGGUAACCAGCUUUAGCAUGAACUAGAUUAAAUGUAAGAAAGGAAACGUGUCUGUGCUUGUUUCGGAGUUCACAGCACAGCUGAGGACAGCGGAGGCCACGCCCACUGCAUCGUGCGUCACAAAAUAACACGGAAGUACUGUUAGACGAUGAAGCAUCAGCUCCUUUUAUUAGUUUAAGUAGGCUACAGGUUAAACAGGGUUUCUUUAUCGUGAUUUUUUUUUCUUUUUGUGAUUUAUGUGUUAAUAUCCCAGACAUCCCACUAAUCUAACAUCACUUUUCAUUCUCGCGCUUCUCUGAUUGGACAGAUAAUAAACAAAGAAUAACGCAAGCACUGAUUUCUGAGUUUUUUGACCUUCAGUGCCUGCUUUAUACAAAUAAAUAUCAUACCAUGGAAUGUGUCGGUUAAUUUUGUCCAGUUGCUAAUUUGGAAAUUGUAAAAAGUUUUUUUUUUGUUAUGGAUCAGUAUACGGUUCUUAAAGUCAUCGGUGAAGGAGCUUUCGGGCGUGCUCUCUUGGUUCAACCCAAAACCGACAAAGUAAAAUGGGUUAUGAAAGAAAUACGACUGCCAAAGGCAGAGGGCGGCAUGCAGCGCGCGCGCAGAGAAGCGGUGCUCCUGGCCAGAAUGAAGCAUCUAAAUAUUGUCGCCUUCAGAGAGUCAUUUGAAGAUGAUGGCCAUCUGUACAUUGUUAUGGAGUUCUGUAGUGGAGGUGAUCUUCUCCAGAGAAUGCGGCAGCAAAAAGGCUCUCUGUUCUCUGAGGAUGUGAUACUCAGGUGGUUUUCACAGAUGUGUCUGGGCACAAAGCACAUUCACGAUAAGCGAGUACUUCACCGAGAUUUAAAAUCAAAGAACAUAUUCCUGACAGAUGAAGGCACAAUCAAGCUGGGAGAUUUUGGGUCAGCAUGUGCUCUUAACAGUGCGAAAGGUUAUGCCCAGACCUAUGUUGGAACUCCAUACUAUGUGUCUCCAGAGAUCUGGGACAACCAACCAUACAAUAACAAGAGUGAUAUCUGGUCUUUAGGCUGUGUGCUCUAUGAACUCUGCACUUUACGUCAUCCGUUUGAGGCCCGUAGCUGGAAGAGUCUAAUUUUGAAAGUGUGUCGUGGGACAUACACACCUUUGCCCAGUCACCUUCCCUAUGAGCUUCACUACUUGAUUAAACACAUGUUUAAGACCAACCCGAGAGACAGGCCUUCCAUACACACCAUCCUCAGCUCCCACCGUGUGUCCAGACUGCUCCACAAACACCUACCUGAAGAGGAAUUGCCCAAGAAAGAAACCAAGGAACUGGCAGAGAAACGAGUAAACCAGUGGAGAAAAGAGGAAGGAGAGAAAGUGGCCAUGUUUCUGGGCCAGAAGAGCUUAUUAAACACAUCUACAGCUAAAGACACUAGUUUCAGAAAUGCGUCUGAGAAUCACAGGGGUAACAUAGCUACCCGAAAGAGGUGGGCAAAAGAACCCUCCAACACAGUGCUGCAGGUCCUUAGGAAUGCUGACAUCAUUUCCUCCGGUGACACGGCAACCACACAGGGGUCUGACUCCACAAAAGCGCAGGGAUUUAUGGAAAUGCAGAAACGGGAGAGAAGGCAGUGGGACAAGGAUCCACCUGAAAGACUUUUGAGCCUCUUGGAGAAAGCUCCUCUCAGCACAGCCUUCAACACCUACGUUAUCCACAGAAGCAAGCAGAAUGAUGAUGAUGUUCCAGAUGGUCCGGAGGAAGUGCACACUGACCAGAACAGACUGGAACCCCGUUCAGAUGAUGAAGACACGGAUUUUGAAGAGGACUGUCAUUUUAACUGGCAAGACGAGCUGGAGGAAAUUUUAAAAGAACACUAGAAAUGUUUAAUAUUCUCCCAGGUGUAUGUGUGUAUUUGAAUAUAGAAUGUACCAUAAGUUAAAUUUUUGUUUUACUUUGUAAAUAAAUGUGAUGACUAUGUAAGGAA